GAUCGAUGGGGAAUGCCAGCAGAACCGGUGGGACCAGCCCGAACAGUGACUCACCUGCCCACCUCAGGCAGGUAUAACUGGUUGGGCAGGUGAGUCCCACCAGGUGUAUAAAAGACAGAGCUCAGCUCCUGAGUCAGUCAGUGAUUCUCAGCUGUUUUAAACCAUGUUUCACCUGCUGCUGCUGGCCGGCGUGGUCCUGGGAGGAUACAUCCUCCUCACACAGACCCUCUUCAAAAGAUCCAAAUGUAAAGGAAACGCAGCGAUGGCCGGGAAGACCAUCAUCAUCACAGGAGGGAACACUGGCAUCGGUAAAGCCACGGCUCUGCACCUGGCCAGGAAGGGAGCCAGAGUGAUCCUGGCCUGCCGAAACCGGGACAAGGCCGAGUCCGCCAUCGCAGAUAUACAACAGGAAACAGGAAGCACUGACGUGAUCUACAUGCAGUUGGACUUGGCCAGUCUGAAGAACGUACGCUGCUUCGCUGAAACUUUCAUGAAAACGGAGUCGAGGCUGGAUCUGCUCAUUAACAACGCCGGUCUGGUGGCUGAUGGGCGGACAGAAGACGGUUUCGGCAUCGAGUUCGGGGUGAACCACCUGGGACACUUCCUGUUGACCUGCCUGCUGCUGGAACGUCUGAAGGAGGCGGGUGGAGGACGAGUGAUCACCCUGUCCUCCAUGGCUCACCGCUGGGGACACGUCGACUUUGAGGCUCUGGCGGCGAACAAAGACCUGGGCACCGGCGGGUACAGCUGGCAGUUCUUCCAGGCUUACUGCAACAGUAAACUGUGCAACGUGCUCUUCACCCACGAGCUCGCCAAGAGGCUGAAAGGAACCAACGUCACCUGCUACAGCGUCCACCCAGGUGUUGUUCGGACCGAGCUGUCACGUCACGUCAGCCUGUGGCAGAAGGUUUUCAUCGAGCCCGUGGCCCAGAUGCUGUUUCUGGACCCGGAGGCCGGAGCUCAGACCACGCUGCACUGCUGCCUGCAGGAGGGAAUCGAACCUCUGAGCGGACGUUAUUUCUCCUGCUGCGCCGUACAGGAAGUAUGCGCCCGGGCCCGAGACGACGUUGUGGCCCGGAAACUGUGGGAGGUCAGCGAGAUGCUCUGUGGACUCUCUUAAGACGAAAUGACCACAAAGGACUUUUUCUCUGCUUUAAAUUGAAUUGAGUCCAUGAACCAUGAACUCUCCGUCCGUUACAAACGGAUUACUCUGGUGUUAAAGUGUGAUAACUUGGACUUUGUGUCUCCACCAAUGUAAUAAUAUUAAUAACAAUACAUUGUGCACGUCUAGUUUUGCUGUGUGACAUAUCUUAAUCACCCUUCUCAUGUUGUCACCUCCAUACAGUAGAUUGGUGUUGUAAAGAUGAUUCUACAUCGAUGCAGUGACACUACAUAAUUGGGUUUUCAGGCUACAUAAAAUUAUAACCAACUAAUGUUGACUGUUGAUUUAUGUCAUUCACAAUACCUGCACUCUACGGUGCAACCAAAGCCCAGGAGUAAAGCUAGUCGAGUAGCCAUUACAUGUGAUUCCUAGACUUCUGUCAUGACUGACUCCUUUCAAUAAUAGCAAUAGUUUUGUUUAUGUCUGUUAUGUUUACGGAUACUGGUAGGUGCAGCUUUUUAUAUUGUAGACAGUUGUAGUCUGAUUUUUGAAUGCACUUUCUAAAUAAAAAUUGAGUUUUCUGA